CACACUCUCCCUUACACCCACCCUGGAACUCCACACUCUCCCUUACACCCAACACAAACAACGGGAACGACUGUCCUCUAGGGGUGUGGUGGAGUAUUUUGCUUUAUUUCGCAAACCUGCGGAAUAAUUAUGCCUAUCACAAGUGACGAUAGGUGAAGAGGAAAUGGCAGGCCACGGACGACCUAUUUUAGAUGCAGAAGAAAUGAAUAGGACAGAAAGAUCAGUGCUUCCAGUUGCCCUUACGAGCCGUCUGCAGACCAACACAUGGCGCCAAGUGUUUACAUCUCUGCGUCCUCUUGUAGCACAGACACGUCAGAGAACACUCAGUACUUACGCUCGCAGGCUCCACCAGCGACAGCAUAAUGUUCAGCCAAGAAGAUCUCGGCAGGAAGGAGGUGUACAGCAGUCACUUCUCCACACUCGUCCACCAGACUUGCAUGCUGAAACUAAUAGGGAAGGAAGAUCAGCUGAUAGCCAACACAAUGUCAUCAUUGACAUAGAAUCUGGUGACACUCCAGUUAGACAUUCCUCAAACAUCCCAGGCAUUCCAGUUCCUCCACAGUUGUCAUUUGCUGAACAUGUUUCUGACCAUUCUGCUGAGACUGUGACUGCUUCUUCAGUUGCCUCCAGCACAGGUGAAGGUCCUGAUUCUUUUGCCGUUUCUGCAGAAACAGAUCUGUUGUUAUCAAAUGGAAAUUCUGGUGUUGCAGCUCCUGCCAGUGAAAUUGGGAGUGCUGCACAUACUGCUGGUAGUGAUGGCACUGGUGCCACUGCUAACAGGAGUGAGGGUGAAUCCCUGACAGAGCUGCUUAAUCAGUUCCCAGAGGUUCGUAGUGGACUCCUGGUUGCUUGGCAGUAUUGCACCUUUUUCUUCAUAAUUCUUGCCAAAGCUGUCUUUGAUCAUGUAACAGGACUGAUGGUCAUCUUAACAUUAAUUAUUGGAUUUAUGUGGAGCAACAACAUUGUGAAGAAGGCAGUAGCACAACAGGGCAGGCGGCCUAUCAAACCACUUCUAGCUAUGCUAGUAAAUCUACCAGCUGGUGUCUUCUUUCUAUACUACUCAUACCGAAAUGACAAGUUGUUCUACAGUGUCCUGCUAAUCCCUCCUGACCAUGAGGGAUAUGGAGUAAUGGACCUUAUGUGGAUUGUAAUUGUGUCUGACUAUGUACUGAAGCUGGUUACAGUAUUGGUGAAGACAAUCAUCACUCUCAUGCCUCACUCAAUCAUGCACUACCAGAAUAGGGGUAAAUACUUCUUAGUAGUAGAGAUGGGAUCACAGUUAUAUCGAUCCUUAGCUCCCAUACAGCCUUGGCUAUCAUACCUACUUGAUGGAUAUGCUGGACCACGAAAAGUACUUGGAGUUUUCCUAUCAGCUACAUAUAUGGUUUGCAAGGGUCCUGACAUUGUAACCAAAAUGAAAUGCUUUCAGUCUGCUAUUGUCAAGUUUAUUCAUAGUGUGAAUUAUGGUUCCACUCCAAGCAAGUCUCAGCUUGAAGAUGCAGGUGGUUUGUGUCCAAUAUGUCAUGAUGACUUCCUUCUACCAACAAUGCUAAGUUGUAAGCAUAUAUUUUGUGAACAGUGUGUUGUCACUUGGUUUGACCGGGAACGAACAUGCCCAAUGUGCAGAACGCAGGUUGCUGAUGAUCCAGCUUGGAGAGAUGGCAGCACUACCCAUUUUAUGCAACUCUAUUGAUGCAAGAGCUUGAAAUGGCAUAAAUGAUGGUAAAAUUGGACAGUAUAGAAUGCCUUGAAGUCUACCAGGCAUUAACUACAGAGAAGUGAUACUGUUCUUAAACUGCUAUAAAUGAAUUCCAGUGAUUAUAAUAACACGAAGAAUGUAUUUUCACCCUUAAUAAUGGCAUUGAGAUGUUUUUGUUCUUAAUAUAACACACUGUUAAAAACAUUAACUACUACACAUCUCAUUUAAUUUUUAAAUAGUGAGCAUAUGUUAGCAUUAUUCAGUUCUAUGUUGUAAUUAAGUUUGGUCAUUUAAACUAAGAGUUUCAUCCUCAUUUGUUAAAAUUGUAACUAGAUAAUAUUUCCAGUAAGCUGUACCUAAGACUUUUAAUAGGUACUUUUCAUACUAGUAAGCUGUUUUUGUCCAGAGGGGCUGUUGGUUAAAAUAAUAAAUUGUUUACUCAUGCUCGAUGUAUGGUGUAGAACCCUCAGUAUAAUGAACUAAUAGAGGAGAGAGGUGGUGUUCAUUGAACUAAAGUUCAUUACAUCAAAGUUAUGAAAUUGUUUACAUAACUGACAGCUACUCGAUAUAGCGGAUUUGGUCUGUUGAAUAGGGAGCCUUCAUGACACAUUACAGUACCACAAAUGGGCAAGUGCCCCAUGCAGCAGACUUAGUCCUUUAUAUCAAGCCAUUGUAUCUGAAUUUCAUUACAUAGGGGUCUGUUACAUCAGGGGUUUACUGUAUUAUAGGUAUGCUUAGAUUACUGAAUAAUUUUAUUUUAACCAUCUUCUAAAUGGUGCACCAGUUUGUUCAGUUACAGGGUAGUGUGGGUUAAUUAAUAUAUAGUAGUUAUUAUUUUUGCAUAUUUUUGUGUUUUACUCUUAAGUUAAAUUUUAUCACAGUAAAACCUUAAUUUAUUGGAUCUCAAAUUUAAAAUACAAAAUCUGAGGUCGGAUAAUGUUCAGAAACAACAGAGUCCAUUAAAUCUAGAAUUUUCCAUUCUUACCAUCAUGAGAGAACACUUGUCAUUCAGAUUUAACCGACAGCUUGACUUUAUGGACACUCCUGCUUCUUCCUAUCGGUCACUUAAAUUGAGGUUUCACUGUACCAAAAUUUUUACCAAGUGCACCACUAUUAUAGGUCAAGUUUUACAGAUUUCUUCAAAGUAAAUGUUUUCUUUUUAUUGAUAUUAUACAGUACAGUAUAUAUAUUUUUUUAACACUGGCCGUCUCCCAUUGAGGCAGUGACUCAAAAAAAAAAAAAAAAGAAAAUACCUUCACCACCAUUCACACUAUUGCUGUCUUUGCAGAGGCACAUAGAUACAACAGUUUAGAUGUCAUUCUAAACAGCAGAUAUCCCAAACCCCUCCUUUAAAGUGUAGGCAUUGUACUUCCCACCUCCAGGACUCAAAUCUGGCUAACUGGUUUCCCUGAAUCCCUUCACAAAAUAUUAUUCUGCUUACACUCCAAUAGCUCAUCAAGUCCCAAAAACCAUUUAUAAGCACUCACUCCUAUUCAACAUGCUCACACAUAUCUGAAGUACCAGUGAUGACCAUUCAUUAUCUAAAGCCAUAAUAAAAUAGUGAGUGUAGUUAUAUAAUAGAAAAGGAUACUGUACUGGUGUUGUAUUGCUGUAACUGGCUAGUCAGUAGCCAAUUCCUGAUAAUAUUACAAAUAAUUUCUCUAAAAA